AUGUCUUCCUCCAAACUGUUCCCGCCCUCAGACGCGUCGCGUCCAAGAUCGGGGAUUCUUACACCUAGUUCCGAUGGCUCUCUAAACUCCAAACAUGGAGCAACAUCACUGCCCGAGGCAAGGGUGCAGAGGAAGCGAAGCGGCUCUCACGCGCUUGGGGAUUUACUCAAGAACCCAAUCGUAGUCAAGGCGCAUCCCCCAAGCUUAAUCGCGAAGCCAUGCACAUUGCAACCGCUCAUGCUCUUGCCUCGCGAAUACCUUCCUCUCUCCUCCCUCGAUCUCGGCGCGCCGCACAGCGACCUGCCCUCCAGCCGCUUUUACGAAUCACACAUCAAGAUCCUCGACCUCGAAGACCGCGUAGCGGAAAGGCCGAGCCUUCUCCUUGCGCGCAACGACGCCUCCAAAGCACUUUACGCGAUCGAACGUGCCGCCACGUCCGAAAAAUCGCUGUACGCGAUUUGCAAACUUGGUUCCUGGGUGGACUUGCUAGCCCUUUCAGCCCAGGCUACGGUUACGGGGAAGCAUGUUUUGCGCAUGCGUCAGGUUGAGGAGGCAAAGGAUUCCCAGUUAUUGCAAAAUCAGCAAGAGCUGCCCAUGAUGACACCAGGUCUGCAAAAGGGCCACAAAGACAAGAGAUUGGCGAUCGAGGCGUUGCAAUCGAUUGUACGCAAACGGGGACGUUCGCAGUCCGUGUCGACUUUCGAGGAGGCGACGAGGGCGGAGAAGAGGACAAGGUCGGAUGAUGAUAAUGCGUUGAGACCCCAGACUCCGAGUGGUCUCAACCCAAGUGUUAACCCGGUUCAAACUAUCGAGGCGAAGCCCGAACCAGCGGAAUGGCUCGAAACGCACCUGGAUGCCGUGGAAGCUGCACCGCAGCCGGAGCCGGCCCAGGAGCCCAACGCACAGCAGACGGCCGGUGACAUCAUGGAAAACAUUAGGGCGCAGUAUACAGAGGCGCUCUAUAAGUCAAUGGGUUCUCUGGCGUAUUUUGCAAAGGGGCCGCUGUCUCGAGCGCGAGCCGCAUUCCACCUCGACUGCGACGGCACCAUGAACAUGAGUGACCUCAUAGACUUCCUCAAGAGUCUCGUUAUGUCGACUGUCCAGAUUGACAAGAAAUAUCGCGAGACGAUACCCGACAUAAUCUCCAAACUGAAGACCCAUAUCUACAGCUCCGACGAAGGUAGUGGCAAGCCGAAGAAGAGAAAGUCAAAAAAGAUGAAGCUGGGCAAGGACGGCAUGUACCCGGGUGAGGACGACCAUGUCCGCAAGUGGUGGGACUCGAACAAGCCAGAGCUCCAAGAUGACGAUAGUUCAAUCACACCAGCUCAGAUCAAAUCUCAUGUUUCGCUCCUCAGAACCAGGGAGACGCAGUUGCAGAUGAUUCUGAUUCUGGAGAUUCUCGCGCUGGAGCCGCUGCGAGCCGCCGAUGGAGAGAGAGAGUCUCAACUGCCAGGCUUGCCAGGUGAGGAGGCGGAUAAGGCUGCCGAAACCCAGCCGAAGAAGCGCAGCAAGCACAAUUUUCCCGUGCUGGCAGAUGUCCAUGCUGAUCGAUUGUGCAUUUGGCAAUCGACCGCCACGGACGAAAUAAGAUUGCUUGAGGAUUCCCAGGCAUCUGCUCCUGUGGAUGGAGCACCGGCCCAGAAGGCGUCAUCAGAUCCCCUUAAGGACUUCUGCACCGACAUCAUCAUGCCAUUCUUCGCUGCUCGACUCCCCGAUAUUUGCGACUCCAUCAACCGUAAGCUUGGCGGUCCUAUUAUCAUUGCACCGCCGAAGCCAAAGACAAAGCCCUCGUCUAGUAAAGCGGGUUCAAAGCCUGGGGCUGCUGCAAAACGACCCGCUAGCGUCAAGCCUGCAACAAAGAACAUCGAGAAGGCCUUGUUCAAGGAACAGUCUCGUCGGAGUGUUUCCAGGGGCCCCGGCAAUGCUAUUGCCUUGUUGAGAUCCGCAACAUCAGCCAACAUUCCGGGAUUCAAGCGGGAUAACAGCGACCUCGACCGAAGGUCCUCGGUGGAGAGGAUGGGGCUGCUUUCUAGGGGCAACAGCAUGACCGCCCUAGAUGAUGUCAAGGCGCAAAAGAAGGCCAUGGUGGAAGCGGAGCUGAAAGAUGCUAUUACGGCUCUCAGGAAGCCGAAUCGCGAGAUGGCAGGCAAGGCCAUUGUUGAAGAUGCGGAGAAACGAGUCUUUGGUGGCUUGUCUUCGAUUAAGAGUGCGUAUUCCUUCCUCGGUGAGUAUGUUCGACGUACUGACCCCUUACCAGAAUCGAAAAAACCGACUCGGCACCCGCUCUUCGAUUCGGUCCAGGUAAAGGUAACGCCGGCCAACCACCGCUUUCGGGAUGCUCUGGCGGAGGAUUCGAAAGGUGCCAGCAGCUUGUCGAUUCCGAUGUCCAGCAUCCCCCCUUCUAGCGCAUCAAGGAUACCCUCAACUGGACCACGGAGGGGACAUAUCGAUAUCCUGGGUACCACCCCCUCUUCGGCCAUCCAAGCGACGCCCGUAAAGCGGAGCGCGCCAGUUGAAGGACCUUCGCCUGACGAUGAGCCUGCUAUACCGCCCUCAUCGCCGCUCAUGAUGAGGAAGCCCGCGAGGAGCCAGCAUUUGAGUGUGUCUAGAAGCGUGAUUCUCGAGCGGUACGAGCCCAUGCGAUCACCAUCGCCGGACGUCGGCCUACCGGCAACACCAUGCAAGCAGAGGACGAGAGACGUGAUGACAGACGAGGUGGCGGCUACGCCGAUGGCGACGAGGGCGCAUAUACCAUCCUCCCCCCCGCAACCCUCACAACCCCCGCAAGAGAAGCCCAAAUCGAUUUAUGAACGGCUGGGAUGGGAUGACGACUUUGACGACUUAUUAUGA